AUGGCAAGCAAUCCUCCAACAAAAGAGAAUGAUCAUCAGUCUUCUAGUAAUGCACGGGCGCAACUACGAGCCGAAGCUCAACCAUCAUGCUCAUUGACCACGAGAAUACGACGGCAACCAGCCAACACCUAUCACAAUCGGUCCCAUGAAUCCGUCGAGCAAUCUACCGAGUCUCUGCCCCCAUCUGUGGCAGCUACCACGAUCACCGACACCAUUCAUAAGUUAGAACAUCUUCUCGACGAAGCAUUCCAAAUUGCGGAAUUGGUGGAGGUGCCUCACAACCAUUGGCUAGCACAUGGAGAACCAGGACAGUCUUAUAGCCAUCGACCACGGUCAGCUAAACACACGUCGACGGGAGCAUGUAACAAACACCCAGAAGGCGUAUUGUCAAAUGCACCAGAAACAAGGAACUUGAAAGAUGGCCAUUCGAAGCGAAGUGUCCGGUUCUCGGAGGAUAUCACUUUGGCGAGGGCGAAGAGUAGCAUCGACCACGCUCCUAGUAUUUCCAAGACAUGUCGAGGAGCUUGCGGAGUUGGUAGUCUUCAAUUGCUUUCGCCAGAGCCUAUGAUUGAGCCUGAGGAUGCCGCAAAUGUCGGGGUCCGUCCUCUGCAGCAUCAAGAUCCAACACGAAGUGACAGUAAGACGCUUCAAAGCACGGAAUCCACGCCACGAACAGACCCAUACAGCUCAAGAACGGAGAGUUGCCGCAGAACAGCAGAAAGAAAAGACAUACCAGAAAUCAGAAUCGAGGGUGCUGAUUUGCAAGAACAACCUUGUCCAGAAUCUGAUGAUUUGUUGGAUGAAGAAAUGAGAUGCCGACAGUCUUGUUCGGUGAACGAACGACGCUUUCGGGGGGACUUGAGCAGCAACUCGACAAUGUGGAGUGCACAGCAGAAAAGUUACAAGCGAAGACCUACAUUUAUUGUUAGUCUUCGUGGGGCCCGGCACGUCGACGUACCUGAACACCCGAAGGAACUUAACGUGCAUGAGACCUACCACCCCUCCCCGGUCGCAAGAGAUUGGUCAAAGAGCCGCAAACGAUUCGCAGCAAUGAUUGCCUGCAUCAAUACAGCAUGUUUGGGUCUUGUGCUGGGCAUAUACUCCGGAGAAGUACCGGCAAUUCAAUAUGUCAUUGUUGAUAUUGACCGAGUGAUGAUUUUAGGCAAUGUCGGCCUAUACUGUGGUCUUGCCAUCUCGACUCUGUUAUUCUGGCCAUUACCACUGUUGCAUGGACGCAAACCGUAUACAAUAUCCGCCUUGGCAUUGGGCCUGUGUCUUCAGAUCCCGCAGGGCUUGACGGUUAUUUCAUUUAGAGACCCUGACGUCAAACGAUAUCGCAUGUUUCUGCUCCUGUCUCGCGCUCUGUCGGGGUUUGUUUUGGGUUUCAUCAAUAUCAACACCUUUGCCACACUGUUGGACGUCUUUGGAGCCUCGCUUCAGAGUAUUCACGUGCAAAGUGGAAUCGUGAACCCGUACGAUGUUCGACGCCACGGGGGAGGAAUGGGUGUUUGGUUGGCCUUCUGGGGAUGGUGCAGUGUUGGCUCGAUUGCGCUGGGGUUCGUGAUAGGGGCUUUCAUUAUCAGCAACAGCACUGUCGACUAG